GAAGAAACUUCUCAGGGAGCUCAUAGGAGAAGCGGAAAUAAACUCCACUAUUUGCAGAUUCUUAAGCCAACAAAAAUACCUCCAUCAUUUUCUAUCCGGAAGACAGAUUCAAAGAGGGAGUCCAGAGCAACAGUUCAAGACAGACAUUUCCUGUGACCAAGUGGAUAAGAGUAGCCUGCAGCCAUGGGACAGGCCCUGGGGAUUAAGAGCUGUGACUUUCAGGCUGCAAGAAACAAUGAAGAGCACCACACUAAGGACAUCAGCUCCAGGUACCUCAUUGUGAGGAGGGGGCAGCCCUUCACCAUCAGGCUGCAUUUCCAGGCUCCAGUCCACGCACUUCUGCCUGCCCUGAAGAAGGUGGUCUUCAUUACACAAACUGGUAAGCAGCCUUCCAAGGCCAACAGAACCAAAGCCACAUUCCCGAUUUCCAGUCUGGGGGACAGGAAGUGGUGGAGUGCUACAUUGGAAGAGGGAGAUACCCAAUCCUGGACCAUCUCUGUGACCACACCCUCAGAUGCUGUCAUUGGCCACUACUCACUCCUGUUGCAGGUCUCAGGCAGGAAGCCACGCCUCCUGGGCCAGUUCACACUGCUUUUUAACCCCUGGGUUCGAGGGGAUGCUGUGUUCCUGGAGAACGAGGCCCAACGCAGAGAGUAUUUGUUGAACCAAAACGGCCUCAUCUACCUGGGCACUGCUGAUUGCAUCCAGGAAGAGCCCUGGGACUUUGGCCAGUUUGAGAGGGAUGUCCUGGAUCUCUGCCUGGAACUGCUGAGCCAGGACAAGCAGGUGGAGGAGUGGAGCAACCCUGUGCAUGUGGCCCGUGUUUUGGGCAACUCGCUGCAUACUCUCAAGGAGAAAAAUGUCCUGCCCACGCCGCAGACCCAGGCCGCCCAGGAAGGGUCCUUGCUGAACAAGCGCCGGGGCAGCGUGCCCAUCCUACGGCAGUGGCUCAGAGACAAAGGGCGACAUGUGUACGAUGGGCAAGCCUGGGUGUUGGCUGCUGUUGCUUGCACAGUGUUGCGGUGCCUGGGAAUCCCUGCCCGAGUCGUUACCACAUUCUCCUCAGCCCAGGGCACCAGAGGGGGACUGGUUGUGGAUGAAUACUACAAUGAUGAGGGGCUUCAGAACGGAGAAGGCCAAAGAGGCAGAAUCUGGAUCUUCCAGACUUCCACGGAGUGCUGGAUGACUCGGCCUGCUUUGCCCCAGGGUUAUAGUGGAUGGCAGAUUCUGUACCCAAGUGCUCCUGCAGGAGGUGGAGUCCUGAGUGCCUGUGAGCUGGUCCCUGUCAGAGCAGUCAAGGAGGGGACACUGGCGCUGACCCCUGCAGUGUCAGACCUUUUUGCUGCAGUAAAUGCCUCAUGUGUGGUCUGGAAGUGCUGUAAGGACGGGACACUGGAGCUGACCAACUCCAACACUAAGUAUGUUGGCAGUAACAUCAGUACCAAAGGUGUGGGCAGUGACCGCUGUGAGGACAUCACUCAGAAUUACAAGUAUCCUGAAGGAUCUCCUCAAGAAAAAGAGGUGCUGGAGAGAGUCCAGAAAGACAGAUUGGAACAUAAGAAAGACAAUGGAAUCCAUCCUCCCAGUCUCGAGACUGCCGAUCCUCUGUACCUGUUCUUGGAAUCACCCAGCUCCCUACCCCUGAGAGGGGAUGUGAAGCUCUCUGUAACCCUUGUUAACCCCAGUGACCAGGAGAAGGAGGUGCAGCUGGCAAUUGGGGUACAGGCCAUGUACUACAAUGGCAUCCUUGCUGCUGAGCUCUGGAGGAAGAAAAUGUUCCUUACACUCAGUGCCAACCUGGUUAGGAAGAUCACCACUGGCCUGUCCUCCUCCAAUUUUGAGCGAAGCCCACCUGAGAACAGCUUCCUCAGACUCACCGCCAUGGCAACGCACUCCAAGUCCAGCCUCAGCUGCUUUGCUCAGGAAGAUAUCGCCAUUUGUAGACCAUGCCUUGCCAUCGAGAUACCAGAGGUAGCAGAGCAAUAUCAACAUCUUAAGGCCUCGGUCAGCAUCUAUAACUCCCUAAAUGUUCCCAUGGAGGAUUGUGUGUUCUCCAUCUUUGGAAGGGGGCUCAUUCACAGAGAGAGGAACUACAGGGUAGCUCCAGUGCAGCCCGGAAAUACCUUGAGCACCCAAUUCCCGUUCACGCCGACAAAGGUGGGGCUCAAGCAACUCACUGUGGAGAUCGACUGCAACAUGUUCCAGAACCUAACCAGUUACAGAAGUGUAACUGUGGUAGCCCCUGAACUUGCAGAUUAAACUACCAGCUCUACUGUAUUACUCGCCCCAAACACCCCCCCGAAUCUAUAAUCUAAAACCAAAUGUGUUGGAAAAGGGAAACUUUGCUUAUCAGACGAGUGAAUCUCCAUUCAGGUUGAGCAGAAAGAUAACUCAGAACAAAACUAGAUUCCCAGAAACCACUAGAAAAGACAUUCAUUUUUGUCACCCCAGCAUAAGCAGCUGUGAAGACUAGUUGUCUUAGAAUAAAAACUGCUGGGCUUGAGUGAUACAAGGAAGCCUUUGAAAAGGUACUCAGAUAAGUACAUUCAUAUUUUUCUGGUUCAGGAUUUUUCCUAACCAUUUUACUGCUCACUAACACAUUUAUUAACUCAUAGGUAAGGAAAAGAACCUAACAUUUAAAUAAUUCUUAUGUUUCUGAUGAAGUGGGACAAUAUUUGCUAAAAAUGGAAUAUUUAGAUAAUCCAUAAUAAGAUUACACUGAUUUGUGCUAUCCUUGACCAUUAAUCUUAAAGAUCCAAAAAUGACUGAACAAAGUUAUAAAAUAUCCAAUAUAGGACCUGAGAGUAGAAUGAUCUUCUAGAUUCAGCUAUAGAUAAGCUUUUGUGAGAGUUCUGUAUUAAUUAAGUAUCCCACAAUGAAUGUCUGAUGUUAAUGACAUGAGUUUGGGUUAGUAGGGAAAUGUGAAAAUUAUUAAGUAUAUAGAAAAUAGGCCCUAUAAGAAAAAAUAGAAGAACUGGACUGCUUUUGUACAAAGUUAUGAUUUCUUUUGUUGUUUACAUUAUUUUGUUGCUUUGGCAGUCUCUCAGCUUGAUUUUAGUUCCUUCUCUUUAAGAUAAUUGUUAAAAAUACAGAAUGACACUUUAUAAAGGUAAAUUAGAACUCUUCACUUAGGAAUUUCAACCCCAAGUAUACACUAGUUGCUCAAAAGAAUGGCUGCUGUUGCUGAGUAUACCUACAGAGAACAUGGGGACAUCAGAAGGGCAGAUGUGAUCAAUUACACCUAUACAAAGAAAAGGACUGACAUUAGAGGUUGUGGAGACCUGCAAUUCAUACAUAAGGCCCAAGUCAGGUCGCCAGAAUAUACAUCACUACAGGUUUACCUUGUUUCCAAUACACAGUUUUCCAGGCUGAUACAAAAAUAUAAUUAUGUGGAGAUGGUUUUGCAGAAGGAUUAACUGAAGAGGCCCUUAAAAUUAUAUAAACU